ACAUCGCAAAGUUUACCUUGAAGUCAAUGGAACGGAACCUUGAAAGAUUGUCACAAGAGCUAUUUUCGAUCUCGGGAAUCGGCAAAUAAUAUCAUCUACUUGACAAAGUGAUUGAUAAAAUUCUCUCUGGCAUAGCAUUGAAUUUUCAAUGAAUAUAUUAAUGCACACUUUAUGAAUAUAUUAACAUUUAAAAUUUUUCAUCUGUAUACCACGAAUUUUUUGUCUGUAUAUUGAGAUAAUAUGCGCUAUAUCUUUCUUAUUUUUUUUUAAAGAUGCUAAUGGAAUUUUCUUAUUGCACACAGUUAGCAUUUAAUGUUUUGCUAGCAACAGCAAAUAUGCGUAUAUAUAAUAUCGAUUGAGCACUUGGAUGCUUAUAUAACUUGCAAUGUAAACAAUAUGUGGAUAUUUAUACAUGCAGGCUAAACAAUUUUCCGACCUGAGCGACAGCGAUUUAUGACUAGGCAGCGCGCCUCAUUGGUAACCGAUAGCGAUAUGAGCGCUAUUAAUGCAUGUAAUUAGCAAAAAAGAACAGAAAGUGCGUCGUUCAGUAUGGAAAAAUCGACUUGUUUAUCCAUUGCGUUCUUCAGAAUUGAUGCGCUUGCAUGAAGUAAGAUCAGAAUUGCAUCGGCGCUUCGUGCACGUAUAUUUUAUCUGGCGAAAGCAGUUUCCUCGCGCAAUAAACGUUUGACUGUGUGUGUAUGUGUGUAUGCAUGGUCUUAUUUAUGUGCGAAGCAACUUAAACAGCCUUUUAUUGCGCUAAGAUUCUUUAGGUAUGCAGAGCACGCUCAAAGCAAAUCAAAACUCGGGCUGUACACGGAAUAAUUAUUUAUCAUUGCGUUAUCGGUCCCAUUACGAACAAUGAAUGACGAAUCAUUCGUGACGUGAUAACGCAACAGAAUCAAACGAUUAAUAAAGCACAAAUAAGACUUUCGCGAAAUUGCCUUGAGAAUUGUAUCUGAUAACGCACUUAAUGCGCACUUGCUCUGCGCUUCGCGAUAUGUCAAGAUAAAGAGGAGACAGGAAGAGGAUCGAAAUAGGCGCCAAGUGGUUAAACAAAAGACUAAAUCAACAAUGGAGCGCGGAAACAAAACACAUGCGUGUAUCUUCUUUAACUCGUGUUCUUUAAUUAUCCCUUGUGUGCUCAGAAUUGGCAUCGUAUAUUACAUUCCUGAAGCACGAGCGAAAUGAAGAAAACAACUAUUCAAAUAGCAGGCAGUGGAAAAAGUUUGAUAUAGUCAGACGCCCCUCGCGAUUUACGCUCCUUAAUAGGUACGGCGACAAACAAACGUUUCUCGAAUGUCAUAUUUGGCGCGAAUCAAAAUAGAUACAACAGAGGCACUAUUCGAUGCAUCAGGCCGCAGGCAUCAUUAGCUUAUUAAGUUAGUUAAGCGAGGAUGAAAGAAGACAAUGUUAUGCACCGCAGCGAACAUAUGGUAUGAAUCUGUGAACAUUGCUCUACGAAUUGCAAAAUGUGAAGUUUCUUGCGAAAUGGUGGAUUGUAUUACCAUAUGCAACAGCGCCUGCAUAGCAUGCAUCUGGUGUAUCCUCUUUUCGGUAUGCUUCCCAAGUUUCUCGAAGAAUCUUAGAAAAGUGGAUUCGAGCGAGUGUUGUGUGCGCAAAAAGCCGAUGCAGAAACAUCGAAGAACACGUCCGCAUGAUCCUUCGAAAUGCGUGAAAGCUGACUCAGUUCAUACGCGACGAAGAUUAAAGAAAUCCUCUUGCUUUGAACGAAAUCGUGAAAAUCAACGAGAACAUCGAACGUGCUGUUGCAGGGAGAAGAUGUGCGCUCGAAUAGAAGAACAUAAAAACACGCAUCAAUGCGUGAAUAAAAAUAAGAAAUCGAAAAUAUGUAGCCGGCAAGUUGAACAUUCAGAUAGUUAUAAGUCGGACAAUUCUUUAAACAAGAAAAAUAGUAUCGCAGUUUUAAAAGCAGAUAAAAGCGAAUAUUGUGUUUGUAAAAGAUUUUGAGAUAAAUUAAUGUCAUAAAGAAUUAAAAAUAAAUAUGAAAUGUCAAAGUCACAUAAAAAU